AUGAUUUUAAACGUUUUUGUGAAUGACUGUAAAAAAGCCCUAUGUGGAAUGAAAAUGGUGUUUGAUGCGGCUGUUGCUGCUCAGUUAAAUGAGUGCAAGGUUUUCCUUCGACUUUUGGGUGUGAGCAACUGCACCUCAUCAAUUCGACAAAUGCGUCCCAUUACAAAAUGUGAUGUCAAGAAGUGUGUGCGAUUUGCUGGUGAUCGUGCCUACUUGAUUUCGGCCCAAAGUCAAGCUAUCUCGAGAGAGCUUUUUGGCAGGCCACCUGAUUCCUCUGUGCAGUCAAGAAAAUUUUCAACAUCUGCUUCUGAAGUAGCUCACGACUGCCCUAGUAAACAACCACUGAAAUCAUCCAAACAGCGUCGCGUCCCCCAUUCUCGAAUUGGAAGGGCCGCUGGGUUUGGAAAUCUCUUUCUUGGUCUUGGGCUCGGCGCGGCAGCUGAAAUGGCAAAGCGCUCUGUUGGAGCAUCCGAUAGUAGUAGUACCUCUAAUCCGUUUUUAACCGAUGCAAACCUGGAAAGAAUCGUUGACACACUUUGUCGAAUGCGCGGUGCGGCCCUUAAACUCGGACAGAUGCUCAGCAUACAAGAUAGCUCGCUUGUGAAUCCGAAGGUGCAGAAAAUAUUCGAGCGAGUUCGGCAGUCCGCUGACUUCAUGCCAACUUCUCAGAUGUACAGCGUUGUCAACGCUGAACUGGGGCCCGAUUGGAAGGACAAAUUCGCGACGUUUGAAGAAACCCCUUUUGCAGCAGCAAGUAUUGGACAAGUUCACAUGGCUAGUCUUCCGGAUGGCAGGAAAGUUGCCAUGAAGAUUCAAUAUCCAGGUGUCUCCAAGAGCAUUGAGACCGACGUUGCUAACAUCACAUUAAUCUUAAAACGUUUCGAUAUCCUCCCGCGUGGUCUUUUCGCCGAAGAAGCCAUUCGUGUUGCAAAGAAGGAACUGAAAUGGGAGUGUGAUUAUAAACGCGAGGCGUCCUACGCCGAGAAGUUUUCCCGCCUCCUGGACAAGGACCCAGUCUUCGUAGUGCCCAAGAUUUUUUCAGAACUCACGACAGAGCGCGUUCUCACCGCCGAGUAUUUUGAUGGCCUUGUUCUUGACGAUUGCAUCUCGUUGCCACAGGAGACUCGCAAUUGGAUCGGUGAAAACAUCCUCCGACUGUGCCUCCUCGAAGUCUUCGUGUUUAACACAAUGCAGACUGACCCGAAUUGGUCGAACUUCCUUUAUAGUAAGGAUUUGCACAAGGCGUCUUUGUCCUUUGACCAAAAGAUUGUUCUUCUUGACUUUGGUGCGUCCAGAGAGUACUCGCGGAAGUUUGUCGACAAAUACCUCAAAGUCAUCAUCGCUGCAUCCAACCACGAUAGACCGGGGAUCCUGGAUCAUUCCAGGGAUCUUGGUUUCCUUACCGGAUAUGAAACAAAGGCCUUUCUGGACGCCCACGUGGAGGCCGUGAGUGUGUUGGGAGAGGCCUUCGCGUCGAAGGAGCCGUUCGACUUCGGUGCGCAGUGCACGACCGAGCAAAUCAACCGCAUCAUUCCCGUGAUGCUGGAGCACCGUCUCACGCCUCCCCCCACAGAGACGUACUCCCUGCACCGCAAGAUGUCCGGCUGUUUCCUGCUCUGCAGCAAGCUCGGCGCCGUCGUUGACUGUCGAAGCCUCUUCCUCAAAAUCGCGCAGAAUUACCAAUUCGGGUUGGAGAAAACGCCAGAUUUGUUUUAA